AUGUAUAAUCAAGCAGAAGUAUGCCAAAUAUGUGGUGAAUACCCAUUAUAAACGACAAGGGUGUGAACAAAUUCGGGUGAGUCGUGCUGUUUUCGUUUGCCACUUGCCUCUCAAAAUGUGGAACUGAACAAGAGCGAGCGUCUGGGUGUUGUCCGCACCUUUAUAGCUACAUCAGUCAUCCAUGCACAUAAUGUAUGCAAUACGUUUCAUAACAACUUUGUUUUAGCCUUAAUUUGUUUUCGCAUAUCAUUACGAGUGUUGAGAAUAGUGAUUAAAUUGUACCCGAAAGCCGAGAGAGGUUUGGUAAAAGUCCCGAGGCGCGUAGCGCCGAGGUACGUUUACUGAACCUCUCGAGGCUUGAGGGACUUUUCAUCACUAAUCGACCGUAAUGCCAUGCUAUUACUUUGUAAUAUCAUAGUUGCCAAGGGAAUCGCGCGUGGUGUGUUGCCUGUUUUGAAUGCUGUUUGAUUGUCUUAUGAUUGUGGUACGAACACUUUUCAUAUAUACGCACGCGCAGAAACACAUCUCCGUGUUCAUUCGUUUUAGGGAUACGCAUAAACGGAAUUUUGUCCCACAAAUGUAAUGUUCAAGAUUAGGGAAUAAAAGCCGGCAAAGUGAUUGUUCGAAUGCGUACGGGACGGUGUCGUCAGAUACUGUCCAUAGUUGUGCCGAUGAUUUUCGAUGAGGUACAGCUCUCCAAUCAGAGGUAAUGAGGUACGCUUUUGUCUUCUAAAUUUCCCUCAUCAAGCAUGCAGGCGAAAAUUAGAAGACAAAGAAAUCCUUUGUUUUCAACUAAAUUUCCCGGGUAAAUUUAGUUGAAAACAAAGGAUUUCUUUGUCUUCUAAUUUUCCCUUGCAUGCUUGAUGAGGGAGAUUUAGAAGACAAAAGCGUAUGCAUGGGUAAUGAGGUAAAUUAGUGAUUAAUCGUACCUCGCGAGACAAAGGAUUUCGAGGCAACUAUGGUAUUAAGUAUACAUAUAUACAUAUAUAUAUAUAUAUAUAUAUAUAUAUAUAUUAUGAUAUUUAUGAUACACAAAAAAAUGCACGUUGGUAUUGCAUGCUAAAGUUACUUUGAAGGUUUACUUUGUAUAUUCCCAUGUGCAACACACAAAAUUUAAUUUAUUAACAAUUUUUUGUUUUAUAUAUAUAUAUAUAUAUAUAUAUAUAUAUAUAUAUAUAUAUAUAUUUUAUGAUAUUUAUGAUACACAAAAAAAUGCACGUUGGUAUUGCAUGCUAAAGUUACUUUGAAGGUUUACUUUGUAUAUUCCCAUGUGCAACACACAAAAUUUAAUUUAUUAACAAUUUUUUGUUUUAAUUCUUUUAUUUAAUAAUGUCUUAUAUGUUCUGCUUGACCUGCAGGUGGUAAUUUGCACAUUGGAUACUCCGUCUUCAACUUUAAUAAGAUAUAUCUUUCUAUACAUAGGAUCACAACACAGUAGUAACCACCGAUUUUUUAUAUCUUUUUUCAGGGCGAAAUCAGUGACAAGACAAUCACAGAAAUUAAAAAGUGUCUACUCACUCCAUUAGAAAUUUUGAACAAAUCAGAGAAAGAGAAACACAUGAUAGUUGACUUGUGGUGUCAUUUUGGAAAAGUCUUUGUUUCUGGCGUUGAUGAAGGUAAUACAGUGCUGAGAUUUGAUUAAAGGUACAUGAAAAAUGUGGUCGUUUCCGCUGGCUGCAGAGAAGUACAGUUUUUAUAAAAAAUUGAGACUCCCUGAAAGUCCUUGCAUUUCAAAACAAAAAUUCAAGGCCUUGAUAGUUCAUGAAAAUCUAUAAUUUUUGAAAAUCUAUAAUUUUUGUUGCUUUAGUUUUUGUUUAUUUUCUGAAAUUGUUUGACAUUAAAAACGUACAUUUUGUUGAAUUGACUCUGUCCAUGUCUUACAGUUCACUACAGUAACAAUUUCUAGCGCCUUCUUUUUAGAACUUUGCUCUUGAACUUUCCGAUUCAUGGCCUUGAAACUCCUUGAAAAGUUCUUGAAUUUUAUUCUACCUGCAAUACGUAAUUUUUCAAUUUUUCAAACUUUGUACAAAAUGUUUUUUGUGAUCUCUACAGAAAAUGGUGGAAAGAGUAUCCUUGUAUCUUACAAUCGUUCACAUUUUUCAUAUAUACCAUAAAUGAAUAUUAAUAGCAUCAGUUGGAAUAAAUAAAUGCACAUAGGCAUGCCGUAUAUACGUGUAAUUCAAGCUUACCAAGAAAGUAUAUUGUGCAAAAUUAAUGGCUCGAUGCAUACUAAAGGCUGAAAUGGUCGUCUGAUCUUCGCGUAGUUCGGUGUUGUCUAUGCAUACAAAUGUGACAUUGGACAAACUCAAUUAUUUCACUAACGACAUUUCUUCUUUGAUAUUUUAUAAUGCAUGUUUUAUUAUAAAAUUAUCAAUUUAUAUGAUUUAUAAUAUAGAAGAAGCUAAGAAAAUCAUGACACCAGCGGAUAUCAGUGGACGACUAAUACAGACAACCAGUAGCGGUAUAAAGAAUAAAGAUACGAAUGCCUAUUGGAAAGUUUCUUUUGAAGAAGGCGUUGAUCCAUUAGACGACAGUGCACUUCCAAACUUCGGCGAUGAAAAUCACGAUUUUCUUGGUCUCAAGCUAGAUCACACACAGUGGCGUUAUGAUUUUGACUUUAUAACUCCAUCAUGUAUGUUUACUCAUAUAUUGUAUUCAAAAUCGCAGUAUUUUUAUAUCACAUCUUUAAAGUUUGUUCGUUCACUGCAACGAACAAACUGAUCUUCGCUUAGUUCGUGUUGUCUAUGCAUACAAAUGUGACAUUGGACGAACUCAAUUAUUACGCUAUCGACAUUUCUUCUUUGACAUUUUAUAAUACAUGUUUUAUUAUAAAAUUAUCAAUAUAUAUGACUUAUAAUAUAGAAGUCAUGUUUCGCUCGCUACUCUGAUUUAAAUAAAUGAUUACAAAGCCCAGUCGAAUUGUAAUCAAGACCCAACGUUUCGACACUCCAGUCUAGUGUCUUCAUCAGGGGUGAUCUAAAAUUGCAAUCGUCGCUUCUUAAAUACCACGAGAAAGGGAAAAUCAGCUUUAGCCGAACAUGUAUGUUACACCAAACACGAGAUUGCGUGGGAAAACUCUAAAGUAAUUACCACAAACAAUCGCUAUGGUCAAAGACUUUGCCUAGAAGCGUUGCAUAUACAUAUGAGUAAUCAUGCUUUGAAUAGGGAUGACGGUGCCUAUUUGCCAGAGGAAUAUAUGCAUCUCAUUGGCAGGUGACGUCAUCCCUUGGGUAUUUAAGAAGCCACGAUUGCAUUUUUAGAUCACCCCUGAUGAAGACACUAGAUUGGAGUGUCGAAACGUUGGGUCUUGAUUACAACUCGACUGGGCUUUGUAAUCAUUUAUUUAAACCAGAGUAGCGAGCGAAACAUGAUGAUAUCUUUCUUUUAUAAAAAUAAAAAAUUGUAUUUUUUUCAUAUGAAAGAACAUUUAAAAUACAUAAUUUUUACGCUCCUUUUGUAUAGAUUUUUCUUGAAAUAGUUAGACUGAAAACAAUGAGCUUGCAUUGGUUUUUUAACUAACGAUGAUUAUAAUGACCUCAAAACAGAGUUAGUCGUGUGAAACUACUCCUUGUGACCAAAUAACAAUUAGCAGAUGUUUAAAAUUUAGCUCGCUGCACUUUAAUGCAGCAAAGGUAUUGUACGUUAUAUAGUCCGGCGCCCGUGUACGUCUACGUCCGUGUUCACAAAAGAUUAUAGAAUGAAUCGGGGGCUAUUGAGAUGCCACUUCUGAUUUAAUGUUGUAUUAUGUCCACUUUUAAAAAUUGAUAUUUUUUGCAAAAGUAUGGGCUUCGUUGGCGCAUUUGCCAAAGGUAGAUUCUCGCCUUGAAUUCAUGACACUUACGUCGAAAGUGUCAGUCAAGGUGCUUUACCGAACAUUAUGUGUUUUUUUUUCAAGUAGGUUGACAGGGCCAGUUUGAAUUAGCUCCUAACUGACCCUUCUCGAUUGGUUAAAUAAUUAAUAACCAAUAUCGGCAGUAAUAAAUAAUAAUCAAUCCCUGAAAAUUGAAAUUGUGACCGAAGUAUACCAUUGGUCUUAAUUAUUUCGGUUUAUCCAUGCAAGUAAACAUCUAGGCGACCUUAUUCGUGACGUAACAUGCAUAUGUAUAUAUAUAUAUAUAUAUAUAUAUAUAUAUAUAUAUAUAUAUAUAUCAUUGAACUGCAAGUACACUGUAACGCUAACUUCUAUCAACUUUCAAAACUGAGGUAAACUGCAAAACGCGAGGAAACUUUAGUCAACGUUACACAAAACAUACUUUUUUUAGUCACAAGACUUCAUGCAAUGAUUGGGAUUCUAACCUAAUUUUCCGAUAAGUACACUUACCACACAAUUACAGCACUAAUCCAUUAAUCCGCAAGGUUCUCCCCGACCUUGACGAGUGAGUGCAUGGUUGGCAUUCAAACCUAAUUUUCCGAUUGGUUUUGACUGAUAGUGUUUUACAUCUACUGUAUCUGAAGCAAAAAUGAGGAGUGUCACUUUCGUAUUUUGAAUAAGAAUGACAAAAGUGCAUGUGAACAUUUUGUGUCUCUGUGUUUAUUGUGCCAGUCAUACUGUAUCUAAUAUUUAGUAAAACCAUCUGCUCAUCCUUCUAUUAUAUAUUACUCCAAUAAUAUGCUGGGCUAUUUGGUUAGAUUAGCUUUGCUAUUCCAAAUAGCCUGUGCUUCGAUUAUUUGUUGAAUUAUGUAACUAUAUACUUUUAAACUAUGUACUAUUGUUGGCAUAAAUAAAUCUUUGAAUCUUGAAUCUUGAACGUGCCAAAGCAAAAUUGGCCCUUCAUAUUUUGACAUGUAUUUUUUAUGUACUAAACUUUCGGUAUUAUUGUUUAUUAUUAGCUUUUAAUUCUUGCUAUCAAUCCUUCAAAAACAAAAAUGAAUUGAUUUCGUUCAAGUUGGGUUUGCACCUUCUUGUUAGCCACGAGGAGCACUUUAGACACGGCUGCUAUAAGCCAUGCAGUUUUUAUAAUACUAGCUUGUUCUAAUUGUUUGACAUAAGGUACUGCUUUUCACAAGAAACUCAAAAACCUAAUGUUUUGGUGAUUUUUUUGUUUUCCUGCAUGUGAUUGUGUUGAAUUGGCCUAGUAAACAGUUGCAAAAGAAAAACGUAGAAGGAACUGGCGCUAUAUAUCUAAAUGGUGACCAUCAUGCAUACAUAGACAUCCUCCAAGUCUCUCGUUCAUUGUCAUGUCAAUCCACUAUAGCCUAUAGUGUACAUUACAUGACGUAGCACGGAGAAGCGGAGCGAGAAAGAGAGACUUGUCAACUUCGGAAAAUCUCGGUUCAAAACUGAGCCGAAAAUACAAGACUUGCUUUAAUUGUUUCCUUCAAUUUCUUUCUGUAUUAUUGACUAUAAUGGAACUCAUGUUAUUUACACUGUGCUAGAUCAAUACAUAUAAACACUGACAGAAAACAAUUAAAGCAAGUCUUGCAUUUUCCGUUCAGUUUUGAACCGACAUUUUCCGAAGUUGACAAGCCUCUCUUUCUCGCUCCGCCUCUCCGUGCUACGCUAUGUAAUGUAUACACUACAGUGGAUCCAUAUGACAAUGGAAGAGAGACUUGGAGCAAGUCUAUGCAUGCACGGCGUCGAUUUCCCCCGCUGACUAAUUACCAUUCCAGAUUAUCUAAAAUUCAAUGGCAUAUAUACUGUAUCCAUGCAUGCACAGCAAUCCAAGAUGUCGAGCAGCACUCAAUUAUAAUGAUUUCGGUCAAAAUAUUUCAUGAACAUAAGCAAGUUUUGAAAAAGCUGCAAAGGUUUUCAGUGUUACUUUUUCGUUAUAUAGUCGAAACAUGAGAACUAUUGGAUCAUCUUUUAAAACGAAUUUCUGACCGUAUAGUUUAUCCUUUAAUUUGCACUCUGUUAUUGAUUAUAGGUUUAAGAAGGUUUCAUUUUAGUAAAUAAAUGAAAGUAGAAUGAUUCGUAAUUUGUACCCUAGAAUAACUGCAUGUGGGAUAGAUAAGAUAUCAUUUGUAAUUUAGCUUAAGAUAGCCUGUUAUGAACGUGCACAAAAUAUUUAUUUACAAAGGCGCCCGAGGUUUUUUAGGCGUUAAUAUUCGAGCAAUGUACCUAAAUUAACCACUGAGUUUAUAGGCAUACUCAUAGCUGUUUGUAUAAAUUUAAUAUUGUGAUUAUUACUUUUGAUCCUUUGUUUUCCGUUAUCCUGUUUUCUAGACAGAUGCGUUAGGCUGAAAGCAUGGGAAGGCUUGCCUGCCGAUAGCGACGAGAAGCCACCAAUUGAAGUAAAAAAUAUCUUAACACCAGUUGCUCUCCAGGCAGAGGAGGGCAUUAAGGCUUGGAUUUGUAAUCCAUCGAUAACAGUUCUCAGAGGGGAAAUAAUGAUACCAAAUUCAGAGUAUGACUGCAGAUUGAAUUUAAGGACAGGUAUGAUGCUUAGAAUGAAGCAGUUUACUGAAUAUUUGGAUACUUAUGUGAACUGACUUAAUUACAAGGGCCAGUUGUAUAAAAAUUUUAACUACUUUUUAACUCCCAGUUUUGUAGUUAAAUAGUGGUUAACAGUUUUAAACACGCAGUUAAGUCAGUUGUAUACAAAUGUUGUUAGUUCACAGGAGGCCCAGGCUCGAUUUGCCCGCGCCAGUCUUUGCCUUCCUUAUAACGAGGGAAGGACGGAGACAUUGAGAUCAAAAUAGCCCAGACUUGGCAUAUGUCACACGAAACUAUCCUCGAUUUUUCUCUUUUAAUACAUUUCUUUCACGAUUAAUCGAUAUCCCCUGCAAGAAUGAUACCGUAUAACUCUCAAAACAACGAUGCUUUAAUCAAAGAGCUUAAAUUCGCUCUGAAAUCCGUCAGGGAUUGCUGUGCAAAAAAGCGGAAGUCGUUGAACAACUCAAAAUACACUCAACCCUGAUUGGACAACGAAUAUCAACAAACAUUUCAAUUUUUUUUUGACAAAAACAAUGUGAAAUACAAUUUAUUAUACAUAUUCACGUCUACAGUUAUAUUUACAUGCAGAUCGAAAGGGGCGAUUUCCUUGUGUACCAUCACAGGUUACUGCGGCCACAAAAUAACACAUACGAUGAGUGAACGCAUCUUAACUGAGAAUAAGUAGAUUGUGCAUGCUGACCUAUACUGUUAGAUACAGUAAGUCAAAGUAAAGCUAGUUCAAAAGUGCGCAAAAUUUUGACUGAGCAUACGCGCCAUGCAAUGGAUGUUCAGCGUAUACAUGGCACAUUUUCUGUCAAUUUUCCGUCUUUUCUUAAUAUUAAUUGAGUCAACCUAAAAAUUAGACACGACUAAAUUUUGCACGUUUAAGAAAAAGUAUAAUGCAAGACAGGACCUCUUUUGGCAUAUAAACUAAUUGAGCCAAAUCUCUGAACCCAACCCUCUUGAAACAGCCGUGUUUUGCAGAUAUCUCAGUAAAUAAGUGUUUUGCUAGAUAGAAAAUGUCAAAGUUUCAUUAAUUUACCUCGUAUUUCGUAACUGUAAUAAAACCGUCCGGCAAACAUGCAGAAACUCUUGAAAGAACUUUGUUUUGAACUUGCUGGUUGACGCGAGCAUGCGCAGCUCGCGCUUCACUUCUGGUUCCAUAAUUAACUGAUCAAUAAUUGUUUGAUUGUUGAACGGUUGCCGCCUCGCCAAUGCAUGCAGUGAAUAUGACUGUUUGUUCAGCAGCACGUGAUACGGUUUUGUCCAAUCAGCAAACAGGAAAAUUGAAUUUUGACACUUGCUCUAUAAUAAUAUCAUUUACUGAAAGAUUGAGGAUAGUACGACCCUUUAACUGCAUGGACGUGUCAUUCAGAAUGGAAAAUAGAAACUUGAUCGAAUUCUAAAAUCUGACCUUGUUAUAUAAAGAUGUAACACCAUGAAAAACAUCUGCGCAUGCCCGAUGUACUAACAUGACUUAAUUUAAUUCUGGUAGUCUUAGUUAGUGAUGUAAAGAUGUAAGGUCCAAUAAAAUGUCUGUGUUUUUUAUAGGUUCCCGUUAUGUAGCCGACGAAGUCAAAGAUGGCGUGUGUCUAGAAGAAGACGCAAUUUUAUCGGAAUAUCUUUCCAACUGUAAAUUUGAUCACUCGAGUCAUAGUAUGGAUUUACCAGAUGAAAAAGACUGUCAAAUGCCGCAAGAUUUUCUGUGUAUGUAUUACCGCGAGGCGGAGGAAAGAAUAUUUUCCGCUACUGUCGAUGGAGAGCAUUUCACCGUUACUAUUUUGAACGAAAAGGGAUGGGAUUCAGAUGGAUCAGAUAAAAGAGAUCAAAAUCAGGUUGGUAUACAGUAUAUUUAAAUUUUAAAAGUUAUCUACAAAAGAUAAAAUUGGCCAUUAUGGCUUCAGUUUGACCUUAUCUAACUUGAAAAAUAGAGGAUGCGUUGCCAGGUUGAAACAUAAUUUAUUUAUUGAACGUU